GUUAUGCAAAACACGAGUAGGAAGAGAACAAUAUUAAACAUGGAAGUACAACCCCACCUAAUAAUUAUACUUUAUAAGCCAUUGCCUAGAUUUUCAUGGUGUGGGCGUGGAAGCAUAAAAUUCAGACCACUAGACUCUCUCUCUCUCUCUCUCUCUCUCUCUCUCUCUCUAGGCAGGACCAUUGUGGUAGUUGUUUAUAAUUUGAAAACGAGAAGGCAGUGAACAUGCUUUGAGUUCUUCACUCUUCUAUUUACUAUGGCCAAUGAAAGAUAUUCAAGUUCCAGGGAGAAAAAUAGCAAUGAUCCAUUUUUGGCAUCUCACCACACAAGAAGACAACAUCACCAAUGUGUAAAACCAAACAAUCAUGUCUACCCACAACAAACAUUUGCACAAAACCAUCCUCUGAAAAUGGCUACUUUCACUCCACCUAUUUUUGUUGCUUUGCUGCUCCUUCUUACCUCAAUUAUUACCCCAGCAUUGUGUCAUCCCUUGAAGGGUAACCACACUUUAAGAGCAGCUCAAGAAUUGCACAAGUUGAGGAGAAUCAGAAUUCACUUGCAGAAGAUCAACAAGGCUCCUGUCAAGACAAUUCAGAGUCCAGACGGUGAUUUGAUAGAUUGUGUUUUAUCUCACAAACAACCAGCUUUUGACCAUCCAAAGCUAAGAGGGCAUAAACCAUUGGUAAUUUCAGAUAUGACAAACAAAAUGGGAAACUACACUAAUGGUGAAAAAGUAAGUGAGAGCUUUCAGCUAUGGAGUGAUUCUGGUGAAGCAUGCCCAGAAGGAACUAUUCCAAUUAGAAGAACAACAGAAGAGGAUAUUCUUAGAGCAACCUCUAUCCGAACAUUUGGAAGAAAACCAAGAAAUGUACGGAGAGACUCAUCUGGCACUAAUCAUGAGCAUGCAGUUGUUUUUGUAAAUGGUGAUCAAUACUAUGGAGCAAGGGCAAGCAUAAAUGUGUGGUCACCCCGUGUAACCGAUCAAUAUGAAUUCAGCUUGUCACAGAUAUGGGUUAUUGCUGGCUCCUUUGGUCAUGAUCUCAACACCAUAGAAGCUGGUUGGCAGGUAAGUCCAGAACUGUAUGGGGACAGUUAUCCAAGGUUCUUCACUUAUUGGACAACCGAUGCAUAUCAAACAACUGGGUGCUACAACUUACUCUGUUCAGGCUUUAUCCAAACUAACAAUAGAAUAGCAAUUGGGGCAGCAAUCUCCCCAAGAUCUGCUUAUAACAGUAGACAGUUUGACAUUGGCUUAAUGGUUUGGAAGGAUCCAAAACAUGGACAUUGGUGGCUAGAGUUUGGGUCAGGACUAGUAGUUGGGUACUGGCCAGCGAACAUGUUUAGUCACUUGAGGAGUCAUGCAAGCAUGGUACAAUUUGGAGGAGAAAUUGUGAAUACUCGUUCAAGGGGUUACCACACAGGCACUCAAAUGGGUAGUGGCCAUUUUGCUGAAGAAGGAUUUAGAAAAGCAGCAUAUUUUAGAAACUUACAAGUGGUUGAUUGGGACAAUAGUUUGCUUCCUCUUAGAAAUAUUCACCAUUUCGCUGACCAUUCCAAUUGUUAUAACAUAUGGCAGGGAAGCAACAAUGUUUGGGGAACUUACUUUUAUUAUGGAGGACCUGGAAGGAGUGUGAGAUGCCCAUGAACAAAAUACCACCUAAUUUUUGUGGUACAUGUAUGUCUUCUUUUUUCUUUUUUUAGAUUGUUAACU